UGUAUAUGAAUCAAUAAUAAAAUAUCACAAAUAUUUUUCAAAUCAAAUCUUAGUUAACUUUUUUCUAUAUAUGUUCCAUUCCAUCUUCUCUUUCAUUUUAAACUUUUUUUCAUAUGCUCUCACAACAAAAGUCCUUUUCAAAACUGAUUAUUGUAUACUCUGAUUUUCUCAAACAGAUUCACCAAUGAAAACCACAAUGGCUAGAGUAAGUCCAUUGUGGUUCAUGCUUCUAAUCAUGCCUUGUUUCAUUGCAACAAAUGCUUAUAAGGGUAAAUUACCUUUGAGGACUAUUUCUAGUGGCACUCAUCAUAAUGAAGCAAUGCUUCAAUUGAAUGCAUUCAAAGCCUCUUUCACUAAACAUGAUUCCAUUGCUUCACAACCAUCUUCCUUUUCACCUUCUCCUAGCCCUUCUCCUACACAAUCACAGGAUCUCAAGAAACCACAUGAGUACCUUGUGACAUCUUAUGGUGCUGAUCCAACAGGAAACUCAGAUAGCACUGAGGCUCUUCUUGAAGCCAUGGCAGAUGCAGCAAAAGGUCCAAGUAAAGGGUUUUUGAUGAAUGGCAUAAUUGACCUUGGAGGUGCUCAGAUUAAUCUUCAAGGUGGAGAUUACUUGAUCAGCAAGCCUUUGCAGUUUCCAAAGGCUGGUGUUGGAAAUCUCAUGAUACAUGGAGGAACAAUAAAAGCCUCCAACAAUUUUCCAUUAAACAAAAAUUUAAUAGAUUUAUCAAAUUAUGGUUCCACCUCAUCCUCCUACAAUUAUGAAUACAUAACUCUCAGAGAUCUCUUUCUAGACUCAAACUUCAAAGGUGGAGGAAUUUCAAUCACAAACUCACUAAGAAUCAACAUAGACAAUUGUUACAUCACACAUUUCACUACAAAUGGAAUUUUAGUCAAAAGUGGCCAUGAAACAUAUAUUAGAAACUCUUUUAUUGGACAGCAUAUAACUGCAGGAGGUGACAAAAAUGAAAGAAUAUUUUCAGGAAUUGGAAUUAACCUUCAAGGGAAUGAUAAUGCAAUCACUGAUGUUGUGAUUUUCUCUGCUGCUAUUGGAAUUAUGAUUAGUGGUCAAGCUAACACAAUUUCUGGUGUACAUUGUUAUAAUAAAGCUAGUGCAUUUGGUGGUACAGGAAUUUAUUUGAAACUACCAGGUUUAACACAAACAAGGAUUGUAAAUUCUUACAUGGAUUACACAAACAUUAUAGCUGAAGAUCCUGUUCAACUUCACAUCUCAAGUACUUUCUUCUUAGGUGAUGCAAACAUUGUACUAAAAUCAAUCAAAGGUAUUGUUAAUGGUGUCAACAUUGUUGACAACAUGUUCUCUGGAAAAAAUCAUGGUGUUGAAAUUGUGAAGUUAGACACAUCAAUUACUCCUUUUAAUCAAAUUAAACAAGUCUUUGUUGAAAGAAAUGUUGUGAAUGGUAUGAAUUUAAAAGCUACUUCAGCAAUGAUAUCUUUGCAUGGAAAUGGAACUUCAUGGAUUGCUGAUUUUAACAAAGUUUUGAUUUUCCCUAACCUUAUUAGAAAUGUUCAAUACUCUUUAAGUGCUAGUGGUAACAUGUUUCCAAAUCAUGUUAUUAGAAAUGUGUCUAAGAAUUGUGUUUUUAUUGAAACAAAUGAGGUUGUCACUGCAAAUGUUUUUGUCAAGGUGGAUCAAUGUGUUACAAUUUGAUGAAAUUUUGAUGGUUGUGACAAGAAAAUUGGAUCAUCAGGUUUUGACAGAAGAAAGAAUUUUGCAUAUCUUGGUUGGGAAUUUUCCCCCUUUUUUUAGAUAAUAUUACAUAUUACCAUACUAUAGAUAUUUUUGGAUUUUAUGAUUCAAUGUUAUUACAUUCCAAUUAAGUGUGACAACACUAAUA